UGAAACAUUUGGAGUCUACGUUGAUUUUCUUCUAACCAAGGAUUUGACGGACCAUUUUAGAUAUGUUAAUUAUGUUUAAUCUUGAGGACGUGACGCCCAGGAAUAGCUGACCUUCAAGGCGUCUUUAACCUAUUGUGUAGUUGCAGCUGAAUCUGCUGGUAGGAAAAUUCCCAUUGCUUUCCUGGAAAGAAUUAAGGAGGAUUUUAACAAAAGAUAUGGUGGAGGAAAAGCAGCAACUGCUGUUGCUCAUGGCCUCAACAAGGAGUUUGGGUAUUAAUAUACGUCCUUCUUCCUGGGAAUGUAGCAAUAUUACGUAAUUUGUUGUCUUUUAUAGUUGCACCGAUUUCAAUGAAAUGUUGCAAUAUUACAUAAUUUGUUGUCUUUUAUAGUUGCUGCUGGUUGGUUAUUAUUUCCCAAGCAUGGAUAAAUUUGUGCACCUCAACUGUUUGAUGAAAUUACCCACACAGAUUUUGUCCAACAUUUUUAUUUUUUCUUAAUUUUAAAUUAAAAAUGAUAUUAUUUCUACUCGCUAUGUUAUGUUAAGAGGGUGUUUUCAUAUAUACUUAUACGUUUGAAGUUGAAUAAAUAAUUUUUUUUUGACUGGUUUUUUAUUUUUUCAUGCUCCCGUUGAGGGUGUUACUGAUCUUUCUGGCAAAUAAUUUGCCAAAUUGACUUGUGCUGCAAUAGAACAAUGCUGAUGAAACCUUCAGUGGCUGGGUGUGUGUGAUUGACUUUGAGGAGUCAUUUCUUGUUUGUUGUGAAGUUGGAAUGCUUUACAACUUUUUCAUAGCAAUGGAUGGAGCUGAUGAUGAAGCGAAAUGGUAAUGGAUUGACAACUUCUGUUAAGUGUAUACUCAUACAAUCAGUGUGAAAAUGCUAUCUGUACAGGCAGGCAGUGAGUGUUUCCUCUCAUUUUGUUAUAAGAUGUUGAAAGAAUGAGUUGAGUUUCAUAACCAAACACCUAGUUUUGAUUAUGAAAAGUUGAGAAAAUGGGUUAUAUCAGGGGAAUUGUUCUUUUGUAUUGGGAAAAUCUAUUUGUGGUGGUGAGCUCUGGUGUGAACAUAGCAGACUGUGUAUGUAGCUCAGAAAGCUCUCAGCUUGGAAGCUUUCAGAUCCUUUAAAUACCACAUUUAAAUAACAGUUAAGUUGUGACUUAAAAACUAGGAUUCUGCUGUCACUAAUCUUUAGAGAUGCUGAGAUUUCCUGGCCAUUUUCGAUCGAUGAGAAUGUCAUGUUUCUCAGUCUUAUUCUCCUUCACCCUAAACUCUGAUUCUUCUAAACCUUCUCUUAAAUCCUUAGGAAGCUUUAUGGGUUUGAUGAGUUAUGCCAAAUUGAGUGAUCCCAAUUACAAGUUGUUGUUUUCAGAUUAUCUUAGGAAUAAAAGAGUCGAUGAAGCUCGAGAAGUGUUUGAUCAAAUUCCUUAUCCGAAUGUGUAUUUGUACUCGAUGAUGAUAUCUGGUUAUGCUCGAAAUUGUCGGUUGGAUGAUGCAUUGAAACUGUUCGAUGAAAUGCCGGUUAGAGAUGCAGUUUCUUGGAAUUUAAUGAUUAAAGGGUGUUUGGAUUGUGGGGAGUUAUCUAUGGCUGCAGAGAUUUUUUAUGACAUGCCUGGAAAGAAUGUUGUUUCUUGGACGACAAUGAUUCAUGGGUUGAUGCUGUUUGGGGAAGUUAAGAUGGCUGAGAUCUUGUUUCAUAAGAUGCCCACGAGGGAUGUGGCUGCUUGGAAUUCGAUGGUACAUGGUUAUUUUAGUAAUGGUAGAGUGGAAGAUGCUGUUAACUUGUUUGAGGUAAUGCCUUGCUGUAAUGUAAUUUCGUGGACUUCGAUGAUCGGUGGACUUGAACAGAAUGGCAAGAGUAAUGAAGCUUUGUCUCUCUUCCAAAAGAUGAUGUGUUCUGGUUUCAAACCCACUUCAACCACGUUGGUAUGUGCCUUGACUGCCUCGGCAAAAGUACCGGCUUUAUAUUUGGGUGUUAAAAUUCAUGGUCAAAUUGUCAAGUUAGGCUACUUCUUUGACGAGUUUUUAUCUGCUUCUCUUAUAACCUUUUACGCAAAUUGUAAGCAAGUAGAGAGUGCUUGCAAGGUUUUCAAAGAAAAACUGCACAAAAAUGUGGCGGUCUGGACAGCCCUUGUAACUGGAUUUGCCUUGAAUGGCAAGCCUGAAAAUGCAUUAGAAGUUUUUCGAGAUAUGAUGAAAUUGGGUGUCCUUCCAAAUCAGUCUUCUUUUACCAGUGCUUUGAAUGCAUCUUGUGCAUUGGAGUCUCCUGAUAGAGGCAAGGAAAUCCAUUCAGUAGCUAUAAAACUAGGUUUGGGAACUGAUGUAUUUGUGGGUAAUUCUCUUAUUGUCUUAUAUAGUAAAUAUGGUAAUAUAAGUGAUGGGAUUUCUGUGUUUAUGAGGAUUGGUGAGAAGAACAUUGUGUCAUGGAAUUCCGUUAUCAUGGGAUGCGCACAACAUGGUUGUGGGACAUUGGCCUUGACUCUGUUCAGCCAAAUGAUGCGUGUGGGGGUCGUGCCAGAUGAAAUCACAUUUACGGGCUUGCUUUCUGCUUGUAGCCACUCCGGGAUGUUACAGAAAGGAAAAGGCUUUUUUAAAUUUUUUAGUGAAGCGAAAACUUUUGAGGUGAAGCGCGAACACUAUUCUUGUAUGGUCGAUGUCUUAGGCCGAUGUGGGAAGUUGGAAGAAGCAGAGGAGUUAGUUAGAAACAUGCCUUUUGAAGCAAAUUCCAUGGUAUGGCUAGCUUUACUUGGCGCUUGUAGGAACCAUUCUAAUUUGGAUGUGGCUGAAAGAGCUGCAAAGAACAUUUUUGAGCUGGAACCACAUUGUAGUGCUGCUUACGUAUUGUUGUCGAAUAUCUAUGCUUCUGCAAACAGAUGGAGUGAUGUCUCAAGAGUUCGAAUGAUGAUGAAGCACAAUGGUGUUGUAAAACAACCAGGCUCUAGUUGGGUCACUCUGAGGGGAUUCAGACAUGAAUUUCUUUCUGGAGAUAGGUCUCAUCCACUCAGUGAAAAAAUAUAUCGAAAACUAGAUUGGUUGCGAGUUAGGUUGAAGGAAUGUGGUUAUGUUCCUGAUCAGAAGUUUGCUCUGCAUGAUGUGGAGGCUGAACAAAAGGAAGAGAUGUUGUCUUACCAUAGUGAGAGGCUUGCUAUUGCAUUUUGCUUGGUUAGUACCCCUGAGGGGAGUGCAAUAACUGUGAUGAAGAACCUUCGUGUAUGUGGCGAUUGUCAUUCCUCCAUCAAGCUCAUAGCAAAGAUUGUUGGACGCAACAUCGUUUUAAGAGAUUCAAGCCGAUUUCAUCACUUUAGCAAUGGUAUCUGUUCUUGUGGUGAUUACUGGUAGCAUGAAAUAUGUGUGGAAUCCUUUUUCUUGAAAUGAAUGAAAUACGAGUAGGUCUGAGAAUGUCCAAGGAAUGGAUAGACGUGGUUGAGAAGAACUCUAUUGCCUGGUGAUUACAUAUUUUCAUUCUUAAGGAAUUCCCAGUGAUUGAAUUUUUCUGAGAUGAUUUUUUUGAAUUAAAACUCGAUCAGACUGAGUAUGUUAUGAUCUGUAUUUCGAGUGUCUUGAUUUCAGAUAAUAGUCAAUAUUUCAUACCACGAAUCAUACUUGUGAUGCAAGAGAUCAAAAUGUGGAAUGAAAAAAUGGGCAGCCAUCAUUCCAUGCUUAAUGAGAAGAGAAAAUAGUUGCCUUUGAGAUUUGUUAGAGCUGUACACAAAGAUAGUACUGCUAUGAAGACCAUCAAGGUACUCUUUCGAAGCUGACACAAACCACUACCGUUGAUGUUUGCAUUUGAAGUUUGAAGAUUUGAUAAAUAAGUUUCUUAGGUGCAGUGAAAAUGGUGGACAAGAGGAUAGAAGAUUCGAAGGUUGAGAUAAUCACCAAACAGAACCAGGAAAAUGGUGAUCAACUCAAACUCAAUGCCAUAACUCAACAACUCAACCAUCUCAAUUACAGUC